AUGUUUCAACGGCCAUCUUGUCUACAAGGCCGUCGCCAACGAAAUGGCACCGGGGAGGAUUGGUCUAAGUUUCCUAUUCGGCAAUUGUUCAUCUUAGCACUUGUCCGAAUUUGCGAACCAAUUGCUUUCAUGUCAAUUUUCCCGUACGUGUACCACAUGGUGGAAUCAUUCCAUGUGACCGACAACGAUCAAAAGAUUGCGCUUUACGCCGGGAUGAUUACUUCUGCUUUCACCUUUGCUGAAUUCUCAGCUGGCAUGUUUUGGGGACGAGUCAGUGAUUCGAUCGGCCGCAAGCCCGUGCUCAUUAUGGGAUUAAUCGGAACUGCGAUGAGCAUGGUGGCAUUUGGAUUUGCGCCCAAUCUAGCGACAGCGAUGAUCGCGCGAGCCCUGGGUGGUCUGCUGAAUGGCAACAUCGGAGUGCUUCAAACCACCGUUGCCGAGAUUGUGACGGUCAAAGAGCACCAACCACGAGCAUAUUCUAUCAUGCCCUUUGUAUGGUGCCUGGGAUCCAUCAUUGGUCCGGCUAUGGGCGGUGCUUUGGCCCAACCCUGCGACAACUACCCGGCCCUGUUUCAGCGUAACACGCUCUUUGACCGGUUCCCGUUCCUGCUGCCCAACCUGGUCUGCAUCGUUGUGCUUAUUUGCGGCAUCAUUGUCGGUUUCCUGUUUUUGGAGGAGACUCAUCCGGAGAAAAAGCACCGCCGUGACUAUGGUCGCGAAUUGGGCCACUGGCUCUCCAGCCAAUGCUGGCGUUCCCGUGUGCAACUUCCUGUUGAUUCCGAACCCUUGGACGAGUCCAAGUACUUUGUCUAUGGUGAUGUACCGCCUGAGUAUGAAAGUGCCGAAUCAUCGCCUUGCUUGCGCCCCGUGAGUGACGCCGGAUCAACGGAGUGUGACCUAGAGGGUCAGAAACCCCCGCCAAAGAUCAAGAUCUUUACUCGACAGGUCGUCUUCACUAUGAUUGCUUAUGGCAUUUUAGCCUACCACAGUGUGUCAUUUGAUCAAUUGAUGCCCGUGUUUCUCAGCACUCCCAAAUCGGACGACCCGAUUAUUUUACCGCUCAAAUUCACGGGUGGCUUGGGCCUUUCCACAAAGACGAUUGGCUUUAUGCUAGCUGUCCAAGGUGUUUACUCCAUGAUCGCCCAAUUGUGGCUGUUCCCAUUCGUCGUCAAGCACUUUGGCACCUUACGCACCUUUCGCUUUGUCUUGCUGGCAUGGCCACCCCUCUACUUGGCGGUGCCGUAUCUCAUCCUCUUGCCGACUAAGCUUCAGAUGCCAGCCGCAUAUGUUGCGCUGAUCAGCAAGAUCACCCUCCAUGUCAUCGCCUUCCCCGCAACUGCCAUCUUGCUCGCUAAUUCCGCCCCCUCUUCGAAAGUACUAGGCUCCAUCAAUGGAGCAGCUGCAUCCACCGCAAGCCUAAGUCGAGCUUUCGGUCCAACCAUCACUGGAUUUCUGCACUCCAAGGGUCUGCAGAGUGGAUACUCCGUGUUGGCAUGGUGGGCCUGUGGCUUUGUCUGCGUCAUUGGUGCCAUCGAAAGCUUCUGGAUGGAAGAGUCGGAAGAACCCGAACGCUUCAAGACUCGUGAGCCUGAAGUCAGCGAGGCGGAGUUGAAGCGAGAGGUGAUGUCCGAGGACUCCCUCGAAGAGGAAGAACAGCGAUUACUAUCUCUCCGCUCCAGCAUUGAUCAUGAGUAUGACAUUUCCAAUCUGGAUUUGGAUGCUAUCGAUCUUUCUCACCCUCCCUCUGACACAGCCCCCGCUUCCUUCCGCACCUAA